AUGGCUGAGAUUACACCCCAUCCCCGUCUAGUCUGCUCAGCUGUGCCUUACUCUAUCUGUUGUGCUGCCACUACCUGCCUUCAGUUUGUCCCUGAUCUAACCAUCCCCACCCACGAGCAAAAACAGACCUUUGCUGGGGAAUUUCAAGAAUAUCUUCUCAUGCUUUUAAAGCCAGAGAGAGACUGGAGCAAGAGAAACUUGUGCAUCCAGCUCUGGGGCGGCUCGGCCAGAGAGAGAAGCCAGCGGCAAGACUCGAGCAGCACUGCAGCUCAGUGUGGUAGCGGCAGCUGGCCUCUGAGCGAGGAGACAACCCACAUAGCCAGUCCCAGUCUUAACCCCAACCCCAACCCCGGCCCGUCCCAGGAAGAGCCUCCAUGCUCCUGCAGCCUGCCCCACCCCAGUGGGGGAAGGCGGCCCAGGAAGAUGGCCGGAUCUUCGGUCUCGUCCUUUUUCUCCGGACCUGAAGAGUUGGAAGACACGGCCCACGGCCCAGCUCUGCUGGCCCAGCUCAAGUCUUUCUAUGAUGCCCGGCUGCUGUGCGACGUAACUAUCGAAGUGGCAGCACCCGGCGGGGAGCCUGGCACAGGCCGGCUCUUUGCAUGCAAUCGCAGCGUGCUGGCAGCUGCGUGCCCCUACUUCAAGAGUAUGUUCAUGGGUGGUCUGUUCGAGAGCCAGCAAUCCCGCGUGACCAUGCACGAUGUGGAUGCCGAAUCGCUGGCAAUGCUGCUGGACUACUGCUACACAGGUCGCGUGUCGGUGAGCGAGACCAACGUGCAGCAGCUGUAUGCCACAGCUGACAUGCUGCAACUUGAAUAUGUGCGCGAGGCCUGCGCCACCUUCCUCGCCCGCCGCCUGGACGUGGCCAACUGUGCCUCCAUCCUCAUUUUCGCCGAUGCUUUCAACCACCCGCAGUUGCGCGCCAAGGCUUUGGCCUUUAUGGCACGUAAUUUUUCCCUGCUCAGCGGGGCUCCUUGCCCUGGUGGGGAAGAAUCCCUGGCUGAGCUGAGUUUGGCCCAGAUGCAGGAGGUGCUGUGCCUGGACAGCCUGGACGUGAACAGCGAGCGCAUUGUGUGCACUGUGGCUGUGCAAUGGCUGGAGGCCUCUCCCCUGGAGCGUGGCCCCAGUGCCCCCGACGUGCUCCGCUGUGUGCGCUGGCUCCAUUUUGGAGAUCGUGACAGGGCCUACCUGGAAAGACUGUGUGCCAAACCCUUCAUCAAGCGCUACUGCCCUGGACUCAUCGAAGCUGCCCUGCGUACUCGCUAUGGGGACAUGAUAGUCAAGACCCCCCAGCCCGCCCUGCCGGCCCCUGGCAGCACCAGUGGUCCUGUGGCAGAGAGCCCGGCCCGCAGGAUAGGCACGAUGGCCAAGGAGAUGAUCAUCUUUUUAGGACACCCCAAGGAUCCCUUCUUGUUCUAUGACCCGUACUUGGGGGACAUCUACACCAUGACGUCGCCUCUGAUCAGCCUUGCCCACAGCAAGGCUAUCACUUUCUCUGCUGUCUGUGUAUCCCCAGACAAUGACAUCUACCUGACUGCCCAGCCCAAGAAGCAGCUCUGGGUCUAUAAUUCUGCCCAGAAUAGUUGGCAACAACUGGCUGACUGCCUGAUUUGCAGAGAGGGCAUGGACUCGGCCUACCUCAAUGGCUACAUUUACAUCGUGGGAGGCCGCGACCCAGUGACAGGAGUGAAAUUGAAGGAGGUGGAAUGCUACAGUAUCCAGAGGAACCAGUGGGUCCUGGUGGCCCCAGUGCCACAUUCCUUCUAUUCCUUUGAAUUAAUCACGUUUCACAACUAUCUUUACGCAAUUGAUAAUAAACGGAUGCUCUGCUAUGACCCCAGUUGCAACCAGUGGCUGAACUGCCCCUCUCUCAAAGACAGUGAUUUCCAGGAUGCUUGUGUCUUCAACGAGGAGAUCUACUGCAUCUGUGACGUCCCAGUCAUGCAGGUCUACAACCCACCCCGGGGAGAGUGGAGGCGCAUCAGUGAUAUUCCCUUGGAUGUGGAUACCUACAACUACCAGAUUGUCCAGCAUGAACAAAAAUUACUGCUCAUCACCUCCACCGUCCCCCAGUGGAAUAAGAACGGUAUCAACGUGUACGAAUAUGAACCCAGUGACGACUGCUGGGUUAACAUAGGUACUAUGUUUGGACUUUUGCAGUUUGACCCGUACUUCAUCUGCCUUUCUGCCCGGGUCUACCCUUCCUGCCUUGGGCCUGGACAGAGUUUCAUCACGGAGGAAGAUGACGUUUGGACUGACUGGGACUUAGAAGAACUCGGUGAACUGGUCUUGGAGUAAGGAAGUUCCAGUUCCUUCUCAGAAGAUGAAGUGUGGGUAGAAGUGGCACCCAGAGGGAAUGCAUUUUAUGCAGCAGGGUUCAUUUUAAAGAUCUUUAUUGGGAAGAAUAGUUUAUUGGUAUGGAAUGUAUUUUAGUAGUUCACCCACCCACCAUUUUUCCCUCUACCACCCAAUUACAAAACAAGUUGAAACAGCUGAUUUGGUUUAGUAGGGAACAGUAUUUGGAAAUAUUAAUGUAUUGUAUUAUUACAAGAUUUAAGCAUAAAUAUUUU